GGAGAGAGAGGAGAGAGACAGAAGAGAGGGGGCAGAGAAGAAGAGAGAGAGGGAGAGAGGAAGAGCAUGCGAGACGGGAAGGAGCGUCUUAGAGUCUCUGAAGCACCCCACAGAUAACCGCUUAGGCAUUGGUCGGGGUACUGUCACCCGGGAAAGCUGCCAGUGUAUCACUAUCACCGCAACUCUGACGUUUCCUACAAAGAAGUUAGAGACUUGGGCAGUAUUGACAUCCGAAGGGAAUGGUGUGCCUGAUGCUGUGGCAAAUACUCUUGAGCUGAAGAAGUGCGCCUGGAGGCGGGGUGCGUUGAAAUACCAGAAGCACCCAGACCCAGUGGGUAAUAAAGAGGAAACGUUGGAGAGCAUGACUAACGACAAAUCUGUGAAUUUCUUCUCCGGGAGUUGCUAAUUUGCCAGCCAAAAGCUACACAUUUUACAAGGAGGAGACGUUUGGCUGCUUCAUGAAUUCUCCCCCAAAUUGGUGCUACCAGAUGCAUGGCUUUCUAUGUGUGGGAACAAAUCCGUCUUAACUGCAGCAAACCGGGAAGGGAGAAAGGUUGAGGCAACUCACUGGCUGUCUCCAAAUAAAUGAUGAGAUGUAAUGCAUCCUCCAGUCCAUGCAUACUUCCACUUGCCAUUUGUGCAUCCUUCCUCAGUGGGAACCUUUAGAUCCUAAAUUCCAGAGAAGGAAAAGAAAUACAUUAUCAUGGACCUGAGGGAUUUUUACCUGUUGGCUGCUCUGAUUGCCUGUUUAAGGCUGGAUUCUGCCAUAGCUCAAGAACUUAUUUACACGAUUAGAGAAGAAUUGCCUGAAAAUGUACCCAUAGGAAACAUACCAAAGGACUUGAACAUUUCUCACAUCAAUGCAGCCACAGGGACCAGUGCCAGCCUUGUCUACAGACUGGUUUCUAAAGCUGGAGAUGCCCCUUUGGUGAAAGUAUCCAGCAGCACUGGAGAGAUUUUCACCACCUCUAAUAGAAUAGACCGAGAAAAACUCUGUGCAGGAGCUACUUAUGCUGAGGAGAAUGAGUGUUUCUUUGAACUUGAGGUGGUGAUCCUCCCCAAUGACUUUUUCCGGCUGAUCAAAAUAAAGAUAAUUGUCAAGGAUACCAAUGAUAAUGCCCCCAUGUUUCCAUCUCCUGUCAUCAAUAUUUCCAUCCCCGAAAACACUUUGAUCAACAGUCGCUUUCCGAUUCCAUCAGCAACAGAUCCUGACACAGGCUUCAAUGGUGUACAGCAUUAUGAAUUGCUAAAUGGGCAGAGUGUUUUUGGACUAGAUAUUGUGGAAACUCCAGAGGGAGAGAAGUGGCCGCAAUUGAUUGUUCAGCAAAACUUGGAUAGAGAACAGAAAGAUACCUAUGUGAUGAAAAUCAAAGUGGAGGAUGGAGGCACUCCACAGAAAUCCAGCACAGCCAUACUGCAGGUCACAGUAAGUGAUGUCAAUGACAACAGGCCAGUGUUUAAAGAGGGUCAAGUGGAGGUGCAUAUUCCUGAGAAUGCUCCUGUGGGGACCUCUGUCAUUCAGCUCCAUGCUACUGAUGCAGACAUUGGGAGCAAUGCUGAAAUCAGAUAUGUGUUUGGUGCCCAGGUCGCCCCUGCAACCAAAAGACUCUUUGCUUUAAAUAACACUACUGGGCUGAUUACAGUUCAAAGGUCCUUAGACAGAGAAGAGACAGCCAUUCACAAAGUGACCGUGCUGGCCAGUGAUGGCAGCUCCACACCUGCCCGAGCCACAGUGACCAUCAAUGUCACUGAUGUAAACGAUAACCCUCCCAACAUCGACCUCAGGUACAUUAUAAGUCCCAUCAAUGGCACGGUGUAUUUAUCUGAGAAAGAUCCUGUCAAUACAAAGAUUGCCCUCAUUACAGUUUCAGAUAAGGACACAGAUGUGAAUGGCAAAGUGAUCUGUUUUAUUGAGAGAGAGGUCCCAUUUCAUUUGAAGGCAGUCUAUGACAACCAGUAUUUGUUAGAGACCUCUUCCUUGUUGGACUAUGAGGGCACCAAAGAAUUCAGCUUUAAAAUAGUUGCCUCUGAUUCUGGGAAGCCCAGCUUGAAUCAGACUGCCCUUGUAAGGGUUAAGCUUGAAGAUGAAAAUGACAACCCACCAAUUUUCAACCAGCCUGUAAUUGAGCUGUCAGUUUCUGAAAACAACCGACGUGGGUUAUACUUAACAACUAUUAGUGCCACAGAUGACGAUAGCGGGAAAAAUGCAGACAUUGUUUAUCAGCUUGGACCGAAUGCCUCCUUCUUUGAUCUGGACCGAAAGACAGGAGUUUUGACAGCCUCCAGAGUCUUUGACAGAGAGGAGCAAGAACGAUUCAUUUUUACAGUCACUGCCAGGGACAAUGGGACCCCUCCCCUGCAAAGCCAAGCAGCCGUGAUAGUGACAGUUCUGGAUGAGAAUGACAACAGCCCUAAGUUUACUCAUAACCAUUUUCAAUUUUUUGUGUCUGAGAAUCUGCCAAAGUAUAGUACUGUGGGGGUGAUCACAGUGACAGAUGCAGAUGCGGGGGAAAAUAAAGCGGUGACUCUUUCCAUUCUAAAUGACAAUGAGAAUUUUGUGUUGGAUCCCUACUCAGGAGUCAUAAAGUCAAAUGUCUCCUUUGAUAGAGAGCAGCAGAGUUCUUACACUUUUGAUGUCAAAGCCACGGAUGGAGGGCAACCACCUCGUUCCUCGACUGCAAAAGUUACUAUCAAUGUCAUGGAUGUCAAUGACAACAGCCCGGUGGUCAUUUCUCCACCGUCGAAUACUUCUUUUAAGUUGGUGCCCCUCUCGGCCAUUCCUGGGUCUGUGGUGGCGGAAGUUUUUGCCGUGGAUAUCGACACGGGAAUGAACGCAGAACUCAAGUAUACCAUAGUCAGUGGCAACAACAAAGGGUUAUUUCGGAUUGAUCCAGUCACAGGUAACAUCACUCUGGAAGAGAAGCCGGCACCCACCGAUGUGGGUUUGCACCGUUUGGUGGUCAAUAUCAGUGACCUGGGGUACCCUAAGUCUCUGCACACACUCGUGCUCGUGUUCCUGUACGUCAACGACACCGCGGGAAACGCCUCCUAUAUCUACGACUUGAUCCGCAGGACUAUGGAGACACCCUUGGACAGGAACAUAGGGGACAGUAGCCAACCCUAUCAAAACGAGGAUUAUCUCACCAUCAUGAUCGCCAUUGUCGCCGGAGCCAUGGUGGUCAUCGUGGUGAUCUUCGUCACUGUUCUGGUACGCUGUCGCCAUGCCUCACGGUUCAAAGCCGCUCAGAGGAGCAAGCAAGGGGCCGAGUGGAUGUCUCCCAACCAGGAGAACAAACAAAACAAGAAGAAGAAGCGGAAGAAAAGGAAGUCUCCCAAGAGCUCUCUUCUGAACUUUGUGACCAUUGAAGAGUCUAAACCUGAUGAUGCCGUUCACGAACCUAUCAAUGGGACAAUCAGCCUUCCAGCUGAACUGGAGGAACAAAGUAUAGGAAGAUUUGACUGGGGUCCAGCACCUCCAACCACCUUCAAGCCUAACAGCCCUGACCUGGCCAAGCACUACAAAUCUGCCUCUCCACAGCCUGCUUUUCAUCUCAAACCAGACACUCCAGUUUCUGUGAAAAAGCACCACGUGAUUCAGGAGCUCCCUUUGGACAACACCUUUGUCGGGGGCUGUGACACCCUAUCCAAACGCUCCUCAACUAGUUCAGACCACUUCAGUGCCUCAGAGUGCAGUUCCCAAGGAGGCUUCAAGACAAAGGGUCCUUUACACACCAGACAGUGUAAUUCACACAGCAAAAGUGACAAUAUCCCUGUCACUCCUCAGAAAUGUCCCAGCUCUGCCGGUUUCCACAUUCAGGAGAAUGAAGAAAGUCAUUACGAGUCUCAGCGUCGUGUUACCUUUCACCUCCCCGAUGGCUCCCAGGAAAGCUGCAGUGACAGUGGUCUUGGAGACCACGAGCCGGUGGGUAGUGGAACCCUGAUCUCACACCCUCUUCCUCUGGUUCAGCCACAGGACGAAUUCUACGACCAGGCCUCUCCGGACAAAAGGACCGAAGCAGACGGGAACUCUGACCCCAACUCUGAUGGACCUCUGGGUCCUCGUGGAUUAGCUGAAGCUACGGAGAUGUGCACUCAAGAGUGCUUGGUGUUGGGUCAUUCGGAUAAUUGCUGGAUGCCUCCUGGCCUGGGUCCAUACCAACACCCCAAAUCUCCUCUUUCAACUUUUGCACCCCAGAAAGAAUGGGUCAAGAAAGAUAAGCUGGUGAACGGGCAUACCCUGACCAGAGCCUGGAAAGAAGACAGCAACAGAAACCAGUUCAAUGACCGUAAGCAGUAUGGCUCCAACGAAGGCCAUUUCAAUAAUGGCAGCCAUGUGACAGACAUUCCUCUGGCAAAUCUGAAGUCCUAUAAGCAAGCAGGAGGCGCUAUGGAGAGGCCUAAGGAGCACCAACUCUAGGAAGGCUAUUUGGGACCUAAUCACUUCAAUCUAAAUAGACAUGCUAAUACUGUGUGUGUCAGAGCUUUAUGUAUACAGUAGAUCUCUACAACUAUGCCCCUUAUAGCAGGGAUAUCCAUAACUUUGUGUUAGUACCAUUGAGGAUAUACUGUUUGCAACAUAAGAGAGAAGCUAUUUCUACUAGCCAUGUGAUCUUGUUUACUAGAAUUGAUUAACUCUCCAGAGAUUUCUUCAUUGUGCAAUUUAUUUUUAUUAUCGCAUUUUCUUUUGACCCUGGACUGCUGCUAUGAACAAUAGAAUAGGCAUUUGGAGAGUCAGAAAGUUCCAUGGAUUAGAAUGACUGACAAAUAUAUCCAGUUAGAAAAUUGUGCUCUUUUUGUCAUUCAUUUAUGCUGGGACCGCUAUACUUGACAUUAUACUUCAAACAAAAUUAAAAAAAUAUAUAUAAGCAUUAAACCUAUUGUGCUGUUAACAACGUUAGUGGACACUUGUAAGUCAAUCAGUGUUAAAGUAUCUGUAAAUAGAAGCAAGUUAUUAUUAACAACUUUGUGUACUUAUAGCACUCACCUAAAAUGUUGUAGCAUAAUUCUGUAUUUAUGGUUGCUUCUUUCCUUUAUUUCAAUUUCCCUUUUUGUUGUUAUUUUUGUUGUUUCUCUUAGUGAAGUGUUUCCACACUACUAGUCUGUCUUGACACACAUUGUUCAAAGGAUCUUAAACACUUAGUUUGAAAUGGGUUCUGAAAUCUUGCUUCUUUUAUGAGAGCUGUAGCACCAGAAUUCUAUUAAAGAAACAAAAAAAGAAAAAAAAAGUGUUUGGGGGGGUGAAGAGUGAAACUCUAUACAAAAGAAAAGGAGAUGGCUACAAAAGCUUGAAAAUUCAGAACCAUUUUUUUCGCAUUAUUAUUUUCAAAGUAGGGAAAAGCAAAUCCACUUAAUUAGUACCGUUAAGUGAGAUAAUAAUGGAAAAAUGUUAUCCAUCAAAAUUAAUAUAAUAUCCUGUAAUUUUUAUCCAUGCAAAACUAAACUAAUGUAUCAAAAUUAGCGUAUAUUGAAGAAAUAUAAGUACUCAAAACUAGUUUCAAUUGGACAUAUGUGUGUCUCUACAACUUUGUUGAAAUGGCAGAGUUUGUGUUGAUCCUCAUAUACAAUACUGUUGUUGUAACACAAGUGUUAUUAGACCAUAGCCACAAAAUAUUUAAUGUGUUGUGCCUUCAUGAUGUAACAGAACAUUCUCCAGGUAGGGUAGUUGGGGAAAAUAAAGGGAUAAAUCUCUAAUUAUUGCUGUUUAACUGUUGUUUAUCAUAGUUGGUCAAUGCCUGGCAGGUACCAGCAUUUUGUCACUUAGGUCAAACCAAAAGAGUGACAGCUAAUGUUAAUAAUAAGAUCUCAGUUGCACGUGCAAACAAAUCCAAAUUCGAACAUUCUUAGGAGGUUUUUUGUUAAGGCAUGACAGAUGAUUUAAACAAAUAAAUAGCAUGCAACAAAAUGUCUUUAUUGAAAGGAGUGGAAGUUACCUUAAUGCCACAGUUCACCAUCAGUUUAAAAUAUAUACAUAUAUGUAAAACAAAAAAAUUUAAAAGGUUUGCUAAUCUGAUAGUUAAUUUGUUCUUACCAAAAAAUUACUUUGUAAAUAGCAGUUCACAUUUUUCCACAGUAUAAUGGAAAAUAAUGGGUAGGGGUGCAUUGCUUAUUGAAGUACAUUUUUGUCGGUUUGUGAGGGUUGUUUGAUGACUUUGACAGAAUAAAUAUCUAAACGAUUAUCCUUGUUACUGCUUUGCCAGUUCUACGUUAUUUACAAUUAUUCAGCUCUUGCAAUAAAUGUUC